AUGUCCUCUGAUCUUCGCAUGCUCCUGCAUGCCCUCGUCAACCCGACAUCGAACGAGGGGUAUGUGCGAGAUCAGCAGACUCUGUCAGAGCUCUUCAAAGAGCCAGAGUUCUUCGUUGCUCUCCAAGCACUUGCUGCUGAUAAAUCGCUUCAACAGCAAGAGCGACUUAUGGCUUCUGUGAUCACGGCAAGGGAGCUGAAAACCAAAUGGCGAAGCAAAGCAAAACCCGAGGUCCGAGAAAGGCUCUUUAGCUUUAUUGAGGAAGGCGAUAUAUCUAUUGCUCGACCUCAACUUGGACUUCUCGUUGCGAUUGCUCGAAUCGAAUAUCCUAAGACAUGGCAGAACCUCCCUCAGCUUCUUCUUGAACCUCUUAUGAUGUGCUUGGCGCAUCUCGAUAACCUUUCUUCCUCCUCUUCUUCAACCAGUACUAUCCUUCUCAAUACCUUAUGGACCAUCAACGCUCUAGUCAAGGAAUGGAGGACCGUUAAGGUAUCGCACGGUGCUUUGGUGAUGCAGAAAUUCGAAGACGUCUUUACGGAUCCCGUGGGAAGAGUAAUUCUUGCUCGUCUCUGUCAAUGGCAAUGGUCUCGCUCUAAAGGUCUCCAAACUCAGGAAGCGCAUCACAGAAUCAAUCAUCUCGUUCACCAUUCCGUACAUCACGCUCCGAUCAUUCAAGCUCAUCGUCUUCGUCUUGUCACUCAACCGAACUCGGAAAAACUCAUCAAAUCGUUGACAAAACAUCUGAGGGCCAUUGGUAAAUGGUGGAGAGUGAUGAUCGGCCUUGACCCCAAAGGGUUCUGCAAGAUACCUGGUGUUACGACCGGUGUAGGUUGGUGGUGGGGAGAAGUUGGUGGGGUGGUGGCAGGUUCAGAUGGAGCUGUAGCCAAUGAUGUCUUCAAUCCACAUUUCAUUUUAUCCGCUUUUCACCUUCUUGUGGACAAGUUGUUACCCCUCACGUCCACAGAUCUCGAGGCAUUGGAAGAUGAACCUGAAGAAUGGCUGGUCGGCGAAAGCUUUGACGAAGAAGCUUGGGCGUUCGAGUUCAGGCCUUGCGCCGAGCGAGUUCUGAUCGCAUUGAAUAAUGCCUGUCGAAACGUCCCCAGAGAACACAAGACUUCCGCUGACAGAAUAGCGGCACCCGCUAGCGAUUUGCCUUCCAUCUUGAGACGUGAAGCGGUCUAUUGUGCCUUAGGAAGAUUGAGCAGAUCGGUAGCAACGUACGGAGGGGUCGAUUUCAACGGUUUAUUGACUGGAAUUGCCAGCUGGAUUGGAAACGGUCAACCUUUUGCGGAUGAAGAUGCUGCCAAGCUGCCUAUCGUUUGGCAAAUGCUGUUGCACUUGUUGUCAGAACGUAGCGAAGCCACUGAUAAAGCGGUCCAGCUAAGCGCGACAAUAGCAAUCAAGGAAUGUGUGGAUUCGAAGAAUUCCGCUACUCUCGAUGGAAAGCGAUAUGUCAACGACGCAAUCGGUGUGGUGAUUGAAAGAGUCGGAGAUCAGAUCCUGCCGUACUUACCGAAACUCGCUCAAUCUGUCCCAGGGCUGUGGCAUAGUGCCGGAGGUUUGGAAGGCGAAUGGUUGUUCAAGGCGUCCCUCGUCGUACUCACCACCAAACUCGUGUCCGCCGCAAAAGCUACUUCUGGCGAUUUAAUGGAACUCGUUAUCCCUCUCAUUGAAGAGAGUCUUCAACCGCCAGCGAAGGACUUCUUCGAAGAUGAUGGUCUGAUUUUAUGGCAAACAGCUCUCUGGAACGCGGCUUCACCCUAUCAGCCGACCAAAGAGACUGGAUUGAUCCGAUUGAUACCAGGUCUGCUCAGUAUGCUGGGAGAGAAUAUGGAUCUCCUCCCUAAAUUAUUACCUCUGCUUGACUCCUAUCUCUUACUCGACGCAAGUGGCAUCACCCAAGCAUACGGAGAAGCAAUAACCUCGACCUUCGCCAAGGCAUUGACCACCAGUAAACCCAACGCGGAAGCAGUCAGUCGUAUCCUCGUCACCGUCUCUCUCCUCAUUCGGACUGCGCCCUUGGCUCAGCUUGCGCCGCUUCUCCUCCACUCUGGUAUUUUCCAACACAUCACAACUGCUCUUGAGGAUGAUAAAGCUUCCGGUUUGAUCCUGGCCGCGUACCUGGAGAUUUUAUCUCGAAUCGCAAUCCUUGACCCUCGCAUAUUCCUUCAAUUGGUUGCCGAAUCUGCUAGGAUGCAAAAUCGAGAUGGGCAAAAACUCUUAGAUGAGGUUUUAGAUGCUCUCUGGAGGAAUUUCGAUUAUGUUGAUCGUUUUGAUGGCGAAUUUAUGAAUAUAUUCCUUGAUGUGUUGGGUGAAGUACAAGUGGCUCAAGACGAUCCCAACAGUAUAGAAACCGGACUGCGACCUUGGCAAGAUGAACACUCCUCACAAUGGUCGGAUAUCCAAUAUACCCCCGAGGGCAAGCGUCGAGUCACACUCGAAGACAGCGAUCCAGCAUACUCAGUCCCUCUCAAGGGUUACAUCGUUCAGAUCCUGCAUCAAGCUCAUGCAGUGGGAUUGGGACCUUUCUGGGACAAAGCGGAUGAAGGGACUAAACGAAGUUUGGAAAAAUUCCUCAGCUGA